AAAAUAAGAUGUUUUUUGAGGAGCUCGUGGUACAUGAAGAAGCUAUGUUCAGGAUCCAACAUGCAGCAAUCAUUGUUCCCAGAACGAUUCGACAACUUGUCAAAUUCACUUCAGAAAUACCCAAAUUGAUAGGUUGGAAAGAUGCUGUGGUUAAACAAAUCGAGCAAUUUUAAUAAAGCUAUUAAUUUAUAACAAGUCAUUCAAGUUUAUGUAAAUUGGUGAAGCUAUAC